AUGGCGGUCCAUGGGCAUUUCCAGAAGGUAGUACUGGAGUCGGACUGCCAAGUUGUUAUCCAUAAGCUGCAGGCGGCGCAUGAGAUACAGGAUGAGGUAGGGGUGAUUUGCAGGAAUGUUAAGCGGUUGUUACAAGGAACAGGCGAGUGUAGGUGGCAUCACAUAUGCAGGGAAGCUAAUGAAGCCGCCCACGUAAUGGCGCAUGCCAUGUCGAGCUGGAAUGAGACUAUGAUUUGGUUUGAUAGCCCUCCGGGGUUUCUUUUUAAUCAGCUUCAGCUGGACGAUGUAACCGCGUUAACUGAUUAA